AGAUUUUUAUUGCGGAGCGCUUGAAGGAGGUGCGUUAGCGGUCCCUCAGGCGGGGCGCUUUGGGGCGGACGGCCGGGCUGUGGUCAGGCGGCUUACUGAACCCUCGGGAAAGGGUCUGGGGCAGCCCCAGGAAGAAAUUUGUAUCUCCAGUUGAAUUUCAGAAUGGCAUCCAUUUCAGCUCUAACCGAGGAACUGGAUUCUGUAACCAGUGAGCUACAUGCAGUUGACAUUCAGAUUCAAGAACUUAUGGAAAGGCAGCAAGAGCUUAUUCAGAAGAAAACAGUCCUAACAAAGAAAAUAAAGCAGUGUUUAGAGGAUUCCAGUGCUGGGGCCAGCAACGAGUGUGAUUCUUCACCUGCCACUUGGAAUAAAGAAGAUUUUCCAUGGUCUGGAAGAGUUAAAGAUACUCUACAAAAUACCUUUAGACUCCAGAAGUUCAGGCAACUUCAGCUUGAAACUAUUAAUGCCACAAUGGCUGGAAAGGAGGUAUUUCUUGUUAUGCCUACAGGAGGUGGAAAGAGCUUAUGUUACCAGUUACCGGCAUUGUGUUCAGAUGGUUUUACUCUCGUGAUUUGCCCAUUGAUCUCUCUUAUGGAAGACCAGUUAAUGGUUUUAAAACAGUUGGGAGUUUCAGCAACCAUGUUAAAUGCUUCCAGUUCUAAGGAGCAUGUGAAAUGGGUUCAUGCUGAAAUGGUCAAUAAAAACUCCAAGUUAAAGCUAAUUUAUGUGACUCCAGAGAAAAUUGCAAAAAGCAAAAUGUUUAUGUCAAGACUAGAGAAAGCCUAUGAAGCUAGGAGAUUUACUCGAAUUGCUGUGGAUGAAGUUCACUGCUGUAGUCAAUGGGGACAUGAUUUCAGACCUGAUUAUAAAGCACUUGGUAUCUUAAAGCGCCAGUUCCCUAACACAUCACUAAUUGGGCUGACUGCAACUGCAACAAAUCACGUUUUAAAGGAUGCUCAGAAAAUUUUGUGUGUUGAAAAGUGCUUAACUUUUACAGCUUCUUUUAAUCGGCCCAAUCUUUAUUAUGAGGUUCGGCAGAAGCCCUCAAACACUGAAGAUUUUAUUGAGGAUAUUGUAAAGCUCAUUAAUGGGCGAUACAAAGGACAAUCAGGAAUCAUAUAUUGCUUUUCUCAGAAAGACUCUGAACAAGUUACGGUUAGUUUGCAGAAUCUGGGAAUUCAUGCAGGUGCUUACCAUGCCAAUAUGGAACCAGAAGAUAAGACUAAGGUUCAUACCAGAUGGUCGGCCAAUGAAAUCCAGGUAGUAGUGGCAACGGUUGCAUUUGGUAUGGGAAUUGACAAGCCAGAUGUGAGGUUUGUUAUUCACCAUUCAAUGAGUAAAUCCAUGGAAAAUUACUACCAAGAGAGUGGACGUGCAGGUCGAGAUGACACGAAAGCAGACUGUAUUUUGUAUUACGGCUUUGGAGAUAUAUUCAGAAUAAGUUCCAUGGUGGUCAUGGAAAAUGUGGGACAACAGAAGCUUUAUGAAAUGGUGUCAUACUGUCAAAACAUAAGCAAAUGUCGCCGUGUACUGAUAGCUCAACAUUUUGAUGAAGUAUGGAACUCAGAAGCAUGUAACAAAAUGUGUGAUAACUGCCGCAAAGACAUUUCAUAUGAAAAAAAAAACGUAACUGAGCACUGCAGAGAUCUCAUCAAGAUCCUGAAGCAGGCAGAGGAACUGAAUGAGAAACUCACUCCACUGAAGCUGAUGGAUUCCUGGAUGGGAAAGGGUGCAUCCAAACUGAGAGUGGCGGGUGUCAGUGCUCCUCUGCUUCCGCGUGAAGAGCUGGAGAAGAUGAUCGCACACUUUCUUCUACAGCAGUAUCUAAAAGAGGACUACAGUUUCACAGCAUAUGCUACCAUUUCGUAUUUGAAGAUUGGACCGAAAGCCAGUCUUCUGAACAGUGAGACGCAUGUUAUCACUAUGCCAGUGAAGAAGCCUGACAAGAACUGUUUCAGGGUUGAAUCAUCUCAAACUUGUCAUUCUGAACGAGCUGAUGAAAAAGGGGGACAAGAAAAUUCGGGUGACUUCCAGAAGAAGGCUGCAAACGUGCUUCGGCAGUCUGGUACUAAGAACACAGGGGCUAAGAAGAGGAAAAUAGAUGACGCCUGAGAUGAUGUUACUGUGCUUUCUGGAGGGACAAUAAAGGGACAGACAGACCAUGGCAAGAGAACAGAGUGCACUGAGCAGAGCAGCAGCUUGAGAAUGGCUAACGAGUGGUCUGCACAGCCCACUGCUGGGCCCAGAUUACCUCACGGAGUCCAGCCGCAAACUCCCUUCAUUUCGUGUAAUGUAAAACAAAUUAAUCAGUGUCCUAUUGUUGAGCAAAUUAAGAAAUGGAGUAUGCUAGAUACAGUGAAAACAAGGGGCACCUUUUUAUUUUUGAGUAUGUUUUCCUUGUAUCAGAUCAUGACACUCAUAUAGUUUAUGCUGGCAAGUUAAAAAGGAAAAAAAAAAAAAAGGAAAACUACCCCCAAGUCUUAAU